AUGCACCGUAUUCGUUCUGAUAUAAUCACAUAUUAUCUACCCGAGACCACCGCAGUGCACCCGCAGAGGCUUGGGACCGAAUUGCCACUGCACCACUAUAUCUCUCCACGUGGUAGGCGCGGUUUAGAAGGCGAUCGAGCUACUUACUGUGUGCAAUGGCACAGGCAUUCAUCAGCAGCAUACGAUAACCCGAGCACAAGCAGAAAACAUGCUAUACACACCAAUCGUGGCAAUCCAGGAGACGCGUACGAGUGGGAUGUGAAUGGACUGGCGUUGUACUACCUUCCGCGGAUGUUGAAUACCCUGUCGGAGCUCUCACUAUCGGGCCCAUUGGCUGUGCUUGGUCAGUGCUUG